AUGGUUAAGGAAGAGCAUGUUAAGCGUAAGGCCAGUGACGAGCCAACGUCACCCGCCGCCGCCAAGAGGGCGAAGCAUGACGACUCGACGGAACCAGAGAAGAAGCUCAUUAUUAAGCCGAUACCUUUCCCAGAGAAGCCCGCUGUCAUCGAAGAACGAAAUGGCGAAAUCGAAUUCCGCGUAGUCAACAACGAUAACGAGCGCGAAUCCCUUAUCAUCCUGACAGGCCUGAAAUGUAUUUUCCAGAAGCAGUUGCCUAAGAUGCCCAAAGACUACAUUGCGCGCCUUGUCUACGAUCGAACCCAUCUCUCUAUUGCCAUCGUGAAAAAGCCUCUAGAAGUUGUUGGCGGAAUCACAUAUAGGCCCUUCAAGGGCCGUCAGUUUGCAGAAAUCGUUUUCUGUGCUAUUAGUAGCGACCAGCAGGUCAAGGGUUACGGCGCUCAUCUAAUGUCACAUCUGAAAGACUACGUUAAGGCGACUAGCGAUGUCAUGCACUUCCUCACCUAUGCGGAUAAUUAUGCCAUAGGCUACUUCAAGAAGCAGGGAUUUACCAAGGAAAUCACACUGCCGAGAUCUGUAUGGAUGGGCUAUAUCAAGGACUAUGAAGGCGGCACGAUAAUGCAGUGUUCUAUGCUCCCGCGCGUCCGAUACCUCGAGAUGGGUCGCAUGCUACUUAAACAGAAAGAAUGCGUUCUGGCUAAGAUCCGUGCCUUCUCCAAGUCGCAUAUAAUCCACCAACCACCUAAGCAGUGGAAGAACGGCGUCACCCCCAUCGACCCCCUCUCGAUCGAGGCAAUCCGAGCUUCAGGAUGGUCUCCUGACAUGGACGAGCUGGCGCGACAGCCACGUCACGGCCCCAACUACAACCAACUCCUCCAUCUGCUCAACGACUUACAGAAUCAUCAGUCGGCGUGGCCGUUCCUAAACCCUGUCAAUAAAGAUGACGUUGCAGACUACUACGACGUGAUCAAAGAGCCGAUGGAUCUUAGCACAAUGGAGACCAAGUUGGAAGCGGACCAAUACAGUACUCCGGAAGAGUUUGUCAAAGAUGCCAAACUAAUCUUCGACAACUGUCGCAAGUACAACAACGAGUCAACACCGUACGCAAAGUCCGCCAACAAGCUUGAGAAGUAUAUGUGGGCCCAGAUAAAAGCCAUCCCUGAGUGGUCACACCUCGAACCAUAG